ACAAAUCAGAAGUUGAAAAGUUUUUCAUGCUAAGUGUAAGAAAGAAUCAGAAGGAAACUUCCUGGCUCUCCUCAUAAGAAAGCUGAAACCCCUGGAAGAUCAAAUCCCUGAGCCAGGACACAUCUCCCAGCUGCUGCAACAAGGAAAAUGGAUUUGAAAUACCCAGCUUGGAGCUAAGGGAGCAAGACUACAAAGAGUUUCUUCCAAAGCCAGCAACUGCUCGUGAGUCACCAUGGCAACCAAGCAACCCCCACCUCUAAUGAAGAAGCAUAGCCAGACGGACCUGGUGAGCCGACUCAAGACACGGAAGAUCUUGGGAGUUGGAGGGGAAGAUGAUGAUGGGGAAGUUCAUAGGUCUAAGAUCAGUCAAGUCCUGGGAAAUGAAAUAAAAUUUGCUGUGCGGGAACCCUUGGGGCUCAGGGUCUGGCAGUUCGUCUCUGCCAUCAUGUUUUCUGGGGUCGCCAUCAUGGCUCUCACUUUCCCUGAUCAGCUCUAUGAUGCCGUCUUUGAAGAAGAAUCCGUCAACAGCAAGACUCCUAUCAGGCUGUACGGAGGAGCCCUCCUCAGUCUCUCCCUUAUCAUGUGGAAUGCCCUGUACACAUCUGAGAAGGUCAUCAUCCGUUGGACCCUGCUGACAGAAGCCUGUUACUUUGGGGUGCAGUUCCUAGUUACCACCAUCACCCUUGUUGAGAGUGGCCGGAUAUCCACAGGUGCCAUGCUCCUCCUCACCAGCCGGAUCCUCUUCACCCUCAUCACCGUUUACUAUUAUUACCAAGUUGGACGGCGACCCAAGAAAGUCUAAUCCCUGAGGAUUUUUUUUGGCGGGGGAGGAGGGGUUCUGUUAAUAAUUUUCCUUUUAUUUUUUUUUUCUGGUCCCCCUUUUGUUCUAAAGCAAUUCUCCUUUUUUUCCCACUUACCAGCAUGAAUCAGUGUGUAAACCCAGGGCUGGCUCCAUUGCCACAAAGCGCAGGGGGAGAGCCGACCCCUGCAGCCCUCCCCAUAUCUGUCUAGAGAAGGCAAGUGAAUGCAGCAGGGAAGGCUGACAAGACGUAAGGACCAGUCAGGCUCAGGGACAAUGGAGGAAACCGGCCAGUGGAAUCACAAGCUCAGAAACCUUUUCAGCAAAGCACAAAAUGAUUGCAGCACAUAGAAACUGAAUCCUAGAGGGGAGAGGAAGCAAAGGCAGCUGGCAAAGGACUCAAUCUAGCUCCUGUAGGCUUGGAGCUGCUCAUUUGCCUUUCACUCACACAUAGAGCCUUUUCCCCCUUUAGUGAGUAGACUUCAGCACUAAUCCUGGCCAGCCCUCUAAGGCAGGGCUGCUGACACAGCUCCAAUCAGAUAGUGUUGUGGUUUUUAGAGACAACACCCACUGUAUUUACUCUGUGCUGACAGAUGCAAUAGCAAUGCUGGCAGAACACAGUGGCUUAAAUACAGCAAGAAAAGAGGGUGGCAUCUUUAUUCUCUCUCAUCACAAUCCUGUGAAACUCCAAGCCAAGCUACAUCUAAAUCUUGUGUGGCUCUCUGUAAGGGAGAGUGGUGCAAAACGAUGGAGAAAACACUUGGGUUGCAUUAGGGGAGAAAUGUAAAGAGCUGUUGAAUAGUCUCUAAGACUGAAUAAGCCUCAUCUUGGAAGUUUGGUAUAUAGUCUAGGCUGCUGCUUGUAUUUUUUCCCUUAAUUCCUAUUACAGUAGUUCCCCUGCGGGUAACACUAGUGAGUGCACUAGCAUAGAUCAGCCAAUGACACUUUAACCAGUCCCCUACUUUGGUUUAGAUGAGGCCAUGGUUAAAAUACUCCCCUUAUGUCCUGUCUAUGCUAGAGCCCCCUCUUUGCUACUGCUUGUGGAGCUGUAUCAGUGUUAAGGAGAGUGAGGAAAAAGGCUCAUGUCAAUGAGGACUGCAGGGGGUAAAUCACUGUUCUGUAGGUACUUGUGUGAAUCUUACUCUAGUGAAGUGAGGGACUAGAUGAGCCAGCUGGUCUUCUCCACUCCUACUGUACAGGUACCAAUUUCCCCUUGGAUUCAGCAGAAAAAAGGACCCAGUGCUGAGGUCUUAUGUCUUCAGGAUUCGAUUUGGCUGGGAUAAAGAAUGGCUGAGCAGGGAAAAGUACUAGGCCCAUCUUGCCUUCCCCAGGCAUUCCAAGACUUCAUUAUUCCCUGACCAUUGCCUCUCAUUGCUCUUGAGGCUGAGGAGGACUUAACCCUGGCUCCACAGCAGUGGCUCUUCUAUGCUUCUAGUGACAAUCCUGGAGAAGAUAGUAGGUUGCCCCACCUGCUUUCCAGUACCAUGCUGCUUGUUCUCCACUGUACUGAAAUCCAAAGGAUUGGACAGAUGCCAUGGACUUAUUCAUGUACCACCAGGGGGAGCUGUUGGGCUGGACCAGUCUGUGCACAGGAGUAGAGCUGACAGACCUGGAAUAAACGUGUGCAGGCUCUUGGCUGUUGAGAAUCAGAACUGUCUGUGAAUAACAGAGCUAAGGUGGCUGCUGAAGAACACUAGCUUUAGGGGCCACUUCUUAGCAUCAGCCAGAAAAAAAAACUGAUUUAAAGUUAACAUGGACAUCCACUGAGCAUUCAUGGUAAAGCCUGGCACAUCUUCACUACAGCUCUCCCCUAAAGCUUGUUUCUGUUACCUGCUUCUGGCACUUACAAACAGCUGCAGGAACUUGCCCUGCUGUGUACCUUGCAAUGUCUGUGUCAAGUGGAAAUGCUGAAAAUAUUGGAGCUUAUACUAAAUCUUUUAACCAAAACAAAAAAAAAUUGAUAGGCCCAGUGCAGCGAGAGGUUAAACUCUGGACCCUAAGCUACUUGCUGGGGCUGAGUGGCCCCAGUCUGGCCCGUAGAAAAGAAUAUAUAGUUAAAAUUUAUCAUGCACCUCAGGGGUACUGUCUGGAAUGGAACCUGUAACAAAGUGGAUCGUGGGUUUUUUUGGGUUAAUUUCAUUUCAGCAGGACUAAGGCAGGUUCUAGGAAAGGAUCUUUCUGGGGGGGGAGGGGAAUGGGUAGAAAAAUGCUGCCCCCAGCAUACACCACUGGCUAUCAGGGCUCAAUUUGUAUUAAUCAAUGCAGCAUAGCUGAAUAGGCUUUAGCUAUGAACCACUGUCAGAAGGCCCCACCUCUGCAUCUGCCAUGGCAGUGAACCAGCCAGCAGACGUUGCUCAGGUUUGGUUGCAAUCUAGUUUAGGUUGAUUUCAGGAUUUCCAAAGGGGUUUUCAAGCACCUAAACUUCCCUAGAAGCCCCAGCCCCUCUCCCUUGUUUCUGCAUGGGAGUGUCAAUUGUUUUGCUGCUAUAAUUUCAAGUGUUUGACCAAAUGGGUAGCUGACACAAUGAUUCUGCUCUCUGGUGUUUGUUACCCCCUCCAGCCUAAGUGAUGUGGAGAGAGCAGAGGGGUACUGGCCAUAAGGGGCAAUUCAAUGCUAAUCAAUAUAAAGGCCUGCUCCCACGAAGAGACAGAUCAAAUGGAGCAUAAACUCAACUUACUCUGCAAUUCUCAUUGCUCUUCUUCCCCCCCCCCCCCCCCCUUCCAUGUAACAAAGUGCUAUUGGUGCCAUCAGGACUGGAGCAGGGAUGGACAAGUGGGGGUGGGUAGAGGGAAGUCUGUAGCACACUAAAUUUGCAAAUGUGAUGUGCAGUGAGAGCAUAUGGAACAUGGGCCCAGGGUUGAUGCAUACAGAGACCGGAGGGUAUGUCUACACUGGAGUUGGAAGUUAGCCAAGUCUGCUGUAGCUGCACUUCCAGUUGGAGUACUAGCAUGAUCAAAUCUCUCUUAGAGCUGCAGUGGGGCUGUCUCAUGGGACUGGAAUUUACACCUUUCAGCUCUAAUGCAGAGAGAGAUGUACCUUGUCUGAGAAGGAAUGUGCAAUCCUCCUUGGCAAUUGCUAGUUAGCAGCUGACAGGUGCACUCCACCAUUAGUGAUGAGUAACAGUGGGGAAUGGCUGACCCUACAAGGGACAGUGAGAGGGAUUUUCAGGCUCAGGGCUGGAGCACUGUGCGUAUCCCUAAGGGAAGGACCCAGGCAAUACCAUGCAGCACUGCCAAAAGCUUACAGCUAGCAGGGGGUUGCUGCCUCAGUUUUGGCUUGACUGGGGGAGUUUAUAAUUGUAUUCUAGAAUUAAAUCCUCCAGCAGAGAUGAACCACAUAUUAGUCACUGCUGGAUGGUUUCUUCCACUCUACAAAGGUAGGUUAGGCAGCAGGUACAGGGCAGCACCUUGCUGAAAUUUCACAGGGACUGUGCCUAGAAGCACAAGGACAACUACUAAAUGGCAGCCUAGGCUAGCAGCCAAAAACACAGGAGGCAAAAAUUCUCAGGCUUUAAUACUGUCUCUGCCACUGACUAGCUAGAUGCCCAUGGCCAAGUCACUUCACCUCCCAGGCAUCAGUUUCCCCAUCUUUGAAAUAAGGGUAAUGAACCUCACUUAUCCUGAGGGAGAGAGGGGCAGCAUUGCAAGGUGUUUGUGCAGCCCUCGGUACAGCUGAGAAGUCUUCUCCAGGUGACUGAGUUCCGAACAAAGACAAACCUGCAUUUACAUAGUAGGUUCCUGUGUCUGCAAUGGGUGGAACCAAAACCUUGGAUUCUUACAGCCUGAAACUUAAGCUAAAAAUUCAAGCAGGUCCCUGCACUUCCUGGCUCAACCCUUCCUGACCUCAAGGCAAGCCGGUGCUGGCACUGGAGAGGAGAAAGGCACACUAGUCCCACAGCUACGCCCUGAGCCAGCCAGCCUUUCCUGUCUCUUAGGUUUUUUGGAUUCAGUUUAUACCUCAUCUUAGCUGAGUUUAUUCCUCCUUUGGUAAAAAAGUGACUGUACUUAACAUAAAAAAAACCCAAUCAUGUGAAUAGUGAAAAUUAAAGAUGUCCCACUGCACUGUCA